AUGCCGCCAACUCAAAAAUUCCCAACCUACCGCCUCCACACAUUAAAAACUCACAAUGGUACUCGCCCCGUAAACGCCAUCUGCUUCUCCAGCUCCCCAGGCACAUACCUCUUAACCGGCUCCUCAGACCGCUCAAUCCAUCUCUGCCGCGCCCUCCCACCCUCCUCCACCACCGUCCCCGCCACAACACCCAUCACCACCAGUCCGAUCCAACGGUACGCGAAGCAUGGCUACUCCGUGCUCGACCUUGCGGUAACGGCGGACAAUGCACGGUUUGCGAGUGUGGGUGGGGACAAGCAGGUGUUUUUAUGGGAUGUGGAGACGGGGACAACGGUGCGGAGAUGGAGUGGGCAUGAUGCGCGGGUUGAGGCGGUCGAGUUUGGGGGAGAGAUGGAUACGAUUGUUGCUAGUGGAAGUGCUGACACAACGCUAAGGCUUUGGGACACACGCUCCCUAACCUCAAAACCCAUCCAAACUCUCUCCGAGGCCCACGACACCAUCUCCUCCCUCUACGUCCACAUGCCUACCGCCAGCAUAAUAUCCGGCAGCUACGACGGGCGAAUACGCAGCUACGAUUUGCGCAUGGGCGUGGUGAAUGUGGACGUCAUGGGCCACGAGAUCACGAGCGUGCGCUGCUCUGAGGACGGCAAUGCUGUGCUGGCCUCAUGUCUGGAUGGGUGGAUUCGGAUGGUUGAUAGGACAGAUGGAAGUGUGUUGAAGGCAUUUGGGGGUGGGGGAACUCAUGCUAGUGCUGUAUCUGCUGAGCAAGAGGGAGCACUUGCAGGUGCUGCUGCUGGUGCUACUCCUGCUGCUGUCGAGGACGGAGGACCGCGAUAUGUCAACAGCUCGCUGCGGAUAAGAUCUUCGUUUGCGAAAGGGGAUGCCGUGGUGUUUAGCGGUGGGGAGACGGAUGAGAAUCAGCAUCCCGCUACCGUCGAGAGUCAUGUGUUUGCGUGGGAUGUCUUGUCGGGAGACGUCAUUGCGAAAGUGAGUGUGGGCAGAGGGGUUAAGGCGGUCAGUUGCGUGGCGUGGAAUGAGAAAGGAGGAUGUUGGGCUGGUGGGUGUUCAGACGGUAAAUUCUUCUCUCUCCGCCUUGUUGAUAUCGUGCGUUGGUCUGCUCUGUAUGUCGGGAUUUACGGCUACCCAAGGGGAGGCUUUUGA